AUACCGCUCAACUGCCUUCCGUUCAGCUCUCGUCCUCCAUUUCUCUUCCAUACACAUCAACAUCCCCAAACAUCGUACACAAUACACAACAAACACACCGUCGGCCGCCCCUCGCUAGCCGCUUCCCAAACAUACUUCACGCCACGCCGCCUUUCCUAGGCUUGCAACAAUGAGGAUAGCCGCCUCGACGCUGCUCGUGGGCGCCGCCUCGGCCGCCAUCCACAUCCAGGAUGACGGCUCCCAGCACGUCCUGGGCGCCGCGCCCCUGGCCGACGCCGUCAAGCCCAUCGGCGAGUCGUGGCAGAAGCCGCUCAAGUCGCUCGAGGACUUCCUCGGCUCCAUGACGUCCGAGGCCAAGGCCGUGUGGGACGAGCUGAGGCUCCUCGUCCCCGACGCCGACAAGCAGGCCGCCACCCUCCUCUCGUCCCCCAAGCCCCACGUCCGCAAGCCUGACAGCGCCUGGGACCACGUUGUCAAGGGUGCCGACGUCCAGUCGCUCUGGGUUGAGAGCGAAGGCGCCGAGAAGCACCGCAAGGUUGACGGCCGCCUCGAGGACUACAACCUGCGCGCCAAGGCUGUCGACCCAUCCAAGCUCGGCGUUGACAAGGUCAAGCAGUACAGCGGCUAUCUCGAUGAUGAGGCCAACGACAAGCACCUGUUCUACUGGUUCUUCGAGUCGAGGAACGAUCCCAAGAAGGACCCCGUCAUCCUUUGGCUCAACGGCGGUCCGGGCUGCUCGUCCCUCACCGGCCUGCUCUUCGAGCUGGGUCCGGGCUCCAUCAACGACAAGAUCAAGAUCGUCCACAACCCCCACGCCUGGAACAACAACGCCUCGGUCAUCUUCCUGGACCAGCCCGUCAACGUCGGCUACUCGUACUCGGGCUCGUCGGUCAGCAACACGGUGGCCGCCGGCAAGGACGUCUACGCCCUCCUGACCCUCUUCUUCCACCAGUUCCCCGAGUACGCCCACCAGGACUUCCACAUUGCGGGCGAGUCUUACGCUGGCCACUACAUCCCCGUCUUUGCCUCGGAGAUCUUGUCGCACAAGCGCCGCAACAUCAACCUUAAGUCAGUCCUCAUCGGCAACGGUCUCACAGACGGCCUGACCCAGUACGAGCACUACCGCCCCAUGGCCUGUGGCGAGGGUGGCUGGGACGCCGUGCUGGAUGAGUCUGAGUGCCGCGCCAUGGACAACGCCCUGCCGCGCUGCCAGUCCAUGAUCCAGAACUGCUACGACAGCGGCAGCGUCUGGAGUUGCGUGCCCGCCUCGAUCUACUGCAACAAUGCCAUGAUCGGCCCCUACCAGCGCACCGGCCGCAACGUCUACGAUAUUCGCGGCCCCUGCAAGGACAGCGGAAACCUCUGCUACCCUGAGCUGGGCUACAUCUCCAACUUCCUGAACCGUCAAGAGGUUAUGGAGGCGCUCGGUGCCGAGGUUAGCACGUACGACUCGUGCAACUUCGACAUCAACCGCAACUUCCUCUUCCAGGGCGACUGGAUGCAGCCCUUCCACCGCCUCGUCCCCGGCCUGCUUGACGAGAUCCCCGUUCUCAUCUACGCUGGCGACGCUGACUACAUUUGCAACUGGCUCGGCAAUCAGGCCUGGACCGAGGCUCUGGAGUGGAAGGGCAAGAAGGCAUUCAACGGCGCCGACCUCAAGGAUCUGACCUUGGCCACCGCCGGCGAUGCCAAGCCCUACGGCCGCGUCAAGUCCAGCGGAAACUUUACCUUUAUGCGUAUCUACCAGGCCGGCCACAUGGUCCCUUACGACCAGCCCGAGCCGUCUGUGGAUUUUGUCAACAGGUGGUUGGGUGGCGAGUGGUUCUCCGCUUAGGGCCUAGGCCAACAGUAUCAGCCCUUGGGACUAUGAAGCCUCGACACGACGAAAUGAAGGACUCAUUGUCUUUUUGAAACUAUCUCUAUUCUUUCACUCUGCUUUUGAAUAAACCCAGACUGAUUUUAGCCCUUGCUGACACUUAUCGUCUUUAUUUGCCGCCAAAUCCUUGUGCCAGUGUGAAAUGAUACCCUUUCCC